UGAUAUGUCGAACAUAUAUGCGAAAGCAAAUUCUUACUGAUUUCCAAAGAAUAAAAAGAUACAUACGUGAUCGAUACAUACGAUACUGACAUAAUUAAAACAAAGUGCCCCAUCAGUAUACGUCAUCAAUGACGCAAGCAAUACUUGGAGAAAAGUUAUUUACGCGGCCAUUUUAAACGUGUGGUUAACAAUUCCGUAAUAUCAAGGAGUUUUCAAAAGAAAGAAAUUUGCAGAUUUGUAUGCGGAUUGUAAGGUGAGUAAAAUUUUUGAUUUUGUUAGAAAAAGUCAUGAAAUAUGAAUUUUAGUAUUAAACAUGAUUAGAAGUGUUCCACGAAAACAGUUUAUAUGCAACAAUGUGAACAUUGGCGUUGAUAUAUCAGAAUAAUAAGCAUGAUACUUACGUUACCUACAGUAACGUAUGUAUCUUUGUUUUUUUUAAUUGGUUUGAAAAGUGGCAACAGUAAUAAGAUUUCAAAAGUAUUUGAAUUUUUCAUUUGUCAUGUUUAAAUGAAUUUAUAAAAGGAAAGGAGUUAAAAAAACGUUUUAUUUUGAAAAAGUGUGCCUUUUACAUGAAUGAUGAUCACUGCAAUUAAUUUUUUAACUUGUAUAUCUUUUUUACUUAACUCCUUAAAACCUGAUUCUUCCGUUGAUAUGUAUAAUGAUAUUGCUAUAAUAUAACGCUGUAAUAAGACCAGAACAAAAUUAAAAUAGUCUUUGUGUUAUAAGGGCAAGUCAAAUUAAAUGCAUCACAGUAUAGUAACGUAUGUAUCAAUACUUACGUGACGAACGUUUCUCAUUUCAGAAUGGCAAAAUCUCGAAGUGAAAUUCAAAAAGCAUACAGAGAAAGGCAGAAAGCAAAAGGUGCGGCUUUUCUAGAAAAGGAAAGAGCAAGACAACGCCAGUAUUAUGUACCUGCAGCUGAGCUUACCAGCAAGAAACGCGCUCUUCGUAAUAGCAAAAAUAAAUUAAGAAAUAGACUUUGCAGGAUUAGGAAACGUCAGCUGCAAGAGGAAAAUAAUAAUAGCAAUGUUGACACCAGUGGUUACGAAUCGAUUAACACCGAAUGUGAUAGUGAACAGAAUAAUGACCAAGGACCAAGUGUAGCAAGUCGUCCAAAGCUAAUAAUCAAAAUGCCGAAUAUUGGAGCAGGUGUUAGGAAAGUAAACGCGCGUGCAUUGUCAAGGGCAAACAGAACAAUAAGUACAUUGAAAGCUGAAGUUGAUAAGCUGAAACGCAAAAUAAAAACAAAAAAUAAGAAAAUUGAGCGAAUAUCCAAGAAAGCUAAGUUAACACAGUCAGACAGCGGUAACCUGACCCCUAACAAAAAAACAUUGGCUGAUUUGGAAGUUCUGAAACUUACACCGAAAAGAAGGCAAAUUGCUAAACGAAAAUUGCUAACAUGCAAUGUAUUAAUGCAUGAAAUUUAUGAGGCAAAAAAAGCGUCAGGUCAGAAAAAAGUAAACAGCAUUCAUAGAAUAAUCUCUGGGAAAGUGGCAAAAAAGUACAGAUGUUUGAAAAGUAUAAGUCAUGGCACAAAAGUAAGUAGACGUUCGUUGGCACGCACUUUUGACAAAAAUAUUAUAAAUAGAAAGGAACGUCGUCAGUCGUUAUCAAAAGUUGUUGAAAAAUCAGUGGUUGAAUUUCUUAGUAGGGAAGAUAACUGCCGGACUCAGCCAGGAAAAUCAGAUGCUAAAAAAGUUGAAAAUCAUAAAGAUAAACAACAGACAAAGGUACUGACUGACUACUUAAAAAAUCUGCAUGACAAAUACAAGGCUGAAAAUCCAAUGAAUAAAAUAUCCCUGUCAACAUUCGCACGUCUGAGACCUACAAACAUUCUGUUAGCUUCCUUUAUAUCAAGGAACACGUGUCAGUGUAUACACCAUCAGAAUAUGGCGUUAAAGGUACAGUCAUUGCGCAAAGCAGGCGUACGCAUAAGUGAUAACCCAGAAAACCUUAUUGUACACAAAGAUGACAUGGAACAGCUUUUGAACAACCUGCCAGAGAAAAUCACGUACCGUGUAUGGCAAAAGGUUGAUAUUGGAAAUGGGAAAACAAAAAUGAAAAUCGUUGAUAAAGAAGAGGAGCUUCCAAAAUUCAGGCAUGAUCUGAUAAAACAGGUAAACAUGUUCGAACAACAUGUGCAACGAGUUAGAGAACAGUACCAGCAAGUACGUUUAUUAAAGGAAAGUCUUCCAGAAGAUGAAAUAAUGGUACAAAUGGAUUUCGCCGAAAACUACAGCUGUAGGUCGUUAAAUGAAAUACAAACGGCAUAUUGGAACCAAACGAUGGUUACAAUUCACCCAGCAGUUGCAUAUUUCAGGGAAAAUGGGGAGCUGAAACAUAAAAGUUACGUACUUAUUAGCGACGAAAUGGCACAUUGUUCAAGUACUGUCUGCACGUUUUUGGAUCACAUCAUUCCUGAACUGAAAAUUCUAAAUCCAAGAUUAAGCUUUAUACACUAUUGGACAGACUCCCCUUCAUCACAGUACAGAAACAGAUAUAUUUUUCACACGCUUGCAAGACAUAAAACGAUUUACAAUAUGGGUGCGCGCUGGAACUAUUUUGAGGUAGGCCACGGCAAAGGUCCGUGUGAUGGCCUUGGGGGAACUACAAAAAGAAUGGCAGACAUGGCCAUACGCCAGGGCCACGUGCAGAUACAGAAUGCUGAAGACUUUUAUACAUGGGGCUCGAACUCAGGUAUGUCUGCAAAAUUCCUUUAUGUCAGCACCGAGGAAACCAAACGUAAGCAUGAUGAGAUGAGUUUGAUUAAAAUUAAACCACUAAAAGGAACGAUGAAAUUACAUGCAGUUGGUGCACCUGAUACUGAUGGAAUACUCAUGACAAGAGAAACAUCAUGCUAUUGCCACAUUUGUUUAUCCGGAUCAUAUUGUAAUUCUUGGAACAAGGAAAAGUUCAUUUAUGAAUCAGAUAAUGAAACCAGAGGUCCGAAAACAAAUACUGUUCCAGAUGAAAAAGAACACGAAGAAAGUGUUAAAAGUAAUGAAAUGGUAUCCGAUGUUGAUACAGAACCAUCUGGACCUGAUCUUGAUAAUACUUCUGCUAACAAAGAUUUAGAAAUUGGUACUAUGGUAGCUGCCGUGUAUGAAAAGGCUUGGUACAUUGGUAAAGUUGAAGAUAAAGAUGAAGAGGAAGGCGAUUAUCAAAUUAAUUUUAUGGAAAAAGCAAAAAAGAUGUUUAAAUGGCCCCAAGUUGAAGAUUGCAUUUGGCGCGAUUCUUGUGACAUAUUGUGCGUUGUAGAAACAUUGCAACCGUCUGGGAAGUCGAUGAGACUUUUUAAAAUAGAUGCUGAAGAAAAAGCUAAAAUCGAAAAGUUGUUUAGUUAUAAGAAAAUGUAAAAUGAAGUAAGGAUGCUUAUAUGAUACAUACGUGACUGUCGUUUGAAAAAUUGUAUUUAAUGUGCAUCAUGGAAGCUGUUUCUUUGUUCGUGUUAAUACUUUUGCUGUUGAAUAACGUUUCGGACGUAUAUGUAACAUUUAGUGUUGUUUAAAACCUUUUUUAAUGUAAAGAUUGUUAGUAAAAAGAUUUUGCAAUACAUACGUUACCCUAAGAUUCGAACUGACAAUUAACUUUGAUAUUUAAUUACUUUGUUUUCGUUGUGUCUGAAAACUAUAGGAAGCUUUACAGUGUAAUUUCAGCUUUAAAGCAACCAGAACUUCUGCUUAAAAGUAGAUAUAUAUUUACAUCAACUAAGAAUAAGUCUACGGUGCGUGAAUUUUUCAGUAGAAUUUAAUUCAAGAUGUAUAUAUUUACAUCAAAAUAUAUUAUUUGUACAUCAACAUGAAUAACAUCGUCUAUUAUGGAGCAUAUUUAACUUAUUCUUAUUACAUGGACACGUUAAAAAGAUUUAUUAUGUAUUAUAAAAAUAUAAACGCUGAUAAUACAUACGUUACUUUUAACAUGGGUUGUUGAAAGUUGCUAUGAUAAAUGAAUAAUUAGCAGAACUUCUUUUUUUGUAUUGAAAAAUAGUUUAGAUAUAAUGUGAUGUUUCUUUCAGAAAAAAUGCUGAUAAUAGAGAGCAAUGGUUGUCUUGCAAAUAAAUGUUAUUUGAAUUGAUUGAGAUUGUUCCAAUAAAGUUUAGUUUUUAAAGUGUUUUCAUGUUUGCUUAAUUGAUAAACCUGGACAAAACUAAGUAUUUGGGAAGACAGUUGAAUGUAUUUGUGUUGCUUCUGCAAUUCUAGCUAUCAAACUGAAAGAGUUGAACAUAUUGUACUACAUUACUGAAUCAACAAUAAUCGCAAUUAAAAAAUUGUUCUUGUAGUCACGUAGGUAUUUUGAUAUUUUGAAUUAUAAAAUGGCUGUUACUUUCAACACGUUGUAACUUCCAUUAGAGUAAUCUUUCAUGGUAGAAAUUUUGCAUGUUUUAGCUAGACAUGUUU